CUCCAUGUCUGGAUCUGGAGCCACAGAGACACUGAGACCCGCUGGAGUCCAGGAGGAACCGUGUGAGAUCAGAUCCACUUCCACUCGGGUCCGGGACCAGAGAAGCGAACCAGACCCGGGUCUUUCUCUGAGGAGCAGCGCGGUGCCACCUCGCAGCCAUGAGUUCUCAGGCGGGCUAUGGAAGCAGCAUGCUGUUCCAGACCAUCAACGAUGACCUGAACGCAUCGCUGGCCACGGCCGACGAGUUGUCCCAGGAGUUCAGCUCCCUGAUGAACCAGGCCUCCACCAGCAACAACAACACAAACUCCGGCCCUCAGGUCAGCAUCACAGUCACCAGAGACAGGCCUGUGUCCAACAGCUCCGUCAGCAGCAGUAAUGGCAGCCCCGUGGACUACGGCAUCUCCAGCAGUAAAAACACUCCGUCCUCCCCGGUCUUCUCCCACAAUCCGGUCUCGUCCCACAUGGAGUCCGGCUCCUCAGGCUCUCGAUCUGGACCCGACAGCUACAGCUCGUACCAGCCGACGAGCCCCAGCCCUUCGCCUCACUCCCCGAGGCGUGAGUCCCCGGUUCGGUACGACCGGAGCCCCCGGGGGUCGGUGGGCUACGCAGAGAGGAGCCCCUCGCCGAGCCGGGCAGCCCCCCCGGUCGACCAGCCGACCCACCACGGCCCGGGACGCCCCUCCCUCUCCAACAAGCUGCUGAGUCCGUACGACAGCAGCCAGAGCGCCCGCAGGUCGCCUCGGAGGGACCGCAGUCCGUCUCCUCUGGCCUUCAGGCCCACGUCCAGCACGCUGCCUCGGAACUUUAAUUAUAAGAAACCUGAGGAGGGUGUGCAGCGGCAGAAGAGUCCCGGCCAGUGGAACGAGACAGAUCUCGACAUGUCCUACGAGAAAAAACCUCACCACACCUACGACAAGACAGAGUGGCUGCGGCCGUCGGUGCCAAACAGCGGCUGGAGAGAGACCAACCUCGAUGGGCCUCCUCCGUCCCCAAGCCCCAAGAAGGAUCCUCGUUCUCCAUCACACCACUUUUCCCACAGUUCUCUUCCCCGUAACACCCGUGUAACCGUCCCUCCGGAAGUGUCGUCCCCAGUCCACUCCCCUUACUUCCCUCAGCCCAUCGCCUCCCGGAUCUCGAUCCCCCCGACCAACACGGAGAACCGGGAGCGCCGGCCCAUCCCUCUCUCCGUCAUCAUGCGUCUCCAGAACCCGCACUGGGGAGGGCUGGCGACCUGCGGAGGACAAGAGGACAUGACACCUUACCAGCCAGCUCCGCCCUUCCCGAGGGAGGUCUUCCGCCAGCCUGGGCCUCCACCCCCCCCUCAGCUGAGGCAGCCGGCCAUGUACAGCGACGUGCUGAACCCUGGGGAUAUAGACGCAGAGUUGGAGCGGCUGGAUUACAUUCAUCCCCUGCCUGUGAUCCAGGAGAAGCCCAGCGUGCCAGGGGUCGAACAGGGGGGCGUGGUGAACCCCCGGCCCCUGAGCCCCACCCGGCUGCAGCCCGUGGUGGCGCCCGAGGCCCAGAGCCAGGUGAUGCACGACCCGGCGGCGGUUCUGCUUCUCCGGGCAGAAAUCCCCCGGGCGCUGAAGAGGCGUGGCUCCGUGGACCAGGGGCAGCCGCUGCAGAGGGCGUCGCACUACCAGCCGAACCAGUACAAGAACCUCGUCAACAAACUGUUCCGCAGGAGGGAGAUGAAGCGGAAGGGAGAGCACGCAGGCAGCGAGACCAGCAGCUCGUCAGAGGGAGAGGAGGCGGCUCAACCUCCUGCACCGUUACCUCAGACCUCCAGUGUGAUUCCUCCCGGCUACAGCGGCUACAGUUCCAUUUUGCGUCGCUCCAGUCGGGAGCGUAAAAAAAAGAGCGGAACCCGAGCUCGGCUCAGUCCUCUGGUCCUGCUGCUGGACGGAUCUCUGGUGGGAGAACUGGAGACGGUGCAGAGAGCAGUGCAGGAGAUGAACGACCCGAGCCAGCCGAACGACGAGGGCAUCACCGCCCUGCACAAUGCGAUCUGUGGAGGUCACUACAACGUGGUGGACUUCCUGGUUCGCAUCGGAGCCAACGUCAGCGCACCGGACAGCCACGGAUGGACGCCGCUGCACUGCUCAGCGUCCUGUAACGACCGGCCCCUGUGUGAGUUCCUGGUGAGGAACGGAGCGGCGGUCAUGGCCAUGACGGAGAGCGACAACGCCAUCGCCUCCCAGAAGUGUGAUCCCUACGCUGUCGGGUUUGACGAGUGUGAGAGCUUCCUGAAGGGGGUGGAGGAGGCCAUGGGGGUGGAGAACAGCGGCGUGCUGUACGCUCUGUGGAGCUACCCGGCCCAGGCGGCUGACGAGCUGAGCUUCAGGGACGGAGACAUGGUGACCAUCCUGAAGAAGCCCGAGGGGCCGGGCUGGUGGUGGGCGUCGCUCUGCGGCCGCGAGGGAUUCGUCCCCUACAACUACUUUGGGCUUUUUCCAAAGGUGCGACCAAAGUCUCUGUGCUGAGCGACGUCCUGACGGCCCCCCCGACCCCUCAUCACGUUAUAGUGCGGAGGACUGUGUGUUACAGCUUCGCACUGUUGUCUGAAAGGAUCGUGUGUGUGUGUGUGUGUGAUUAUGAGAAGGCUCCGUCCUGCUGCUGGGAAUAAGAACUGUUGAAGUUGAAGGAGGAAGCGUCCUGACUUCCUGACGAGGACUCAUCUGAUCAGACGACGUCACUUGUGCUGGUUCUGGAUUUAUUUCGUGCUUUCCUGCUCCUUUACAUUACAGAUCACAUACACACAGAGUAUUGUCUCUCACUCACACAUCUCAUACUUCGGAAGAGCUGGGAGAUCGAACCACCGAGUUCCCAAUAGGUGGACGACCCUCUCUUCCUCCUGAGCCACAGCUGCGUACUUCCCUUGUGUAGUAUGUCCGUGUGUUCUUCCCUUGCACGUUUAUCUUAGGUUAGUUGGUGUGAACGUGAGUGGUGGAUGAUUAGCUCUGGAUGUCGACCCUGUGAUUGGCUGACGACCCGUCCAGGGUCCGCCUCUCCACUGGUAUUGGCUCCACCCCCCACCACGUACAACCCAUAAAGGAUUGUUAUUGGUAAAUGGGUUGUAUUCAUAUCGAGCUUUUCCCGUCCGAUCAACCAGAGGAACGUCAGAAGAAAUGUUGGAGGUUCAGUAUCUUUCCCAAGGACACUUUGGAAUGUAGCCUGGAGAUGCAGGGGAUCGAACCACCGACCCGGUUAGUGGACGACCCGCUCUGCCUCCUGAAUGGAUGAGAAUGGGUGGAACGCCUCUGUACAUGUCUCUGUUUCUGCUGGUAGGUUCCUCCAUGUUAGUGUUUAUCUCUACGGCCUCGGGAGCUCCUUUAAGAAGCAGCUGUUUCUGACCUCAUCAGCUGAUUGAUCCUAAAACACUUUCCUGACUUUACAGAUGUGAAGUUUGAGGAGUUGAACGUGGAUAUAAACUUUAAACCUUUUUAAAUCAGUAGCUUUGGUUUGCUUCUUCUUCUUCUCUUCAGUUCUCAAACUACACUGUAGUCUGUUUGCAUUUAAUGCUGCCUAUGAGAUAAAUGGAGUUAGUUUGAAAGAGGGUUUGUGUUUUUUAAAGAUGAUGAAUGAAACUGACUAUUUUGAAGAAGCAGUUUUUUGUCUGAUCGGUGAAUAAUUCAUGGAUCUUGAUGAAAACAUGUGGAGGGGACUAACAUCUCUGGAGUGUUUGCACAUCCAAGUAAUAUUCCAGAUGUAGAGGAUUUAUCUGUGGCUCUAAAUGGCCUCGGUGGAGUUAUGUGCUUUCUGAGUGACAGUCGAUAUGUUAUCAGUGUUACACUCAUCACGUGUACUUGACCUUUAACCCCUCACCAGAGGCACGAAGGGACCAAAUCUAACUCGAUACACAAAUGAGCUUCCUGCAUUUUGGUUCCUUUGAAAAUGUUUUACUUUGCAUAGCAGAAUUAUGCACAAACUGGAUUUUACGGAGGCAUCACAUGAGGAAGAAGCUUCUAUAUUUUGGUGCCUGGUUUAGAUUAAUGGGUUUAUUCAUGAUUUUCUUUUCUUUUUUAACUUUCCGUAACAUUGGGGGAUGUUGGGGCGUUUUUUUAACAUUUCCACUGGGAGAAUAAUUCAUGGAUCUUGAUGAAAAAUAAUAAAUAUGUUUAGAGGACUGAUAUUUAAUAAGUGUAAAUCUAGAGACUUUAAAUGUGGUUACAGGACUGUAUGAGCUGAAUAUGAUUGUGUGUGUUUUGGAGAUAAAACUGAGAAAUGUCCUCUCCUGACCAGCAGAUGACACUGUACAAUCAAAUAUGAAUCCAGCACCAGCACAGAAUUUAGAUUUUACAACACAACCAGCGAAUGUAAACUAAUACACAGUGAAACAUUUA